GUCGCUGACCCCCGCGUACUCUGAGAUCUUGCACGCAAUAUUUUUUCCAGUGUCAGGAUGCAGAUUUUCGUGAAGACACUUACGGGAAAAACUAUAACCCUAGAAGUUGAGCCUGCUGAUACAAUAGAAGCAGUUAAGGCGAAAAUUCAAGAUAAAGAAGGCAUCCCACCAGACCAACAACGUCUAAUUUUUGCUGGCAAACAACUGGAAGAUGGACGAACUCUUUCCGACUAUAAUAUACAGAAGGAAUCAACACUUCAUCUUGUCCUCCGUCUUCGUGGUGGUAUAAUAGAGCCUACCUUGAAGGCAUUAGCUCAAAAGUAUAACUGUGAAAAGAUGAUCUGUCGAAAAUGUUACGCACGCUUGCAUCCGAAGGCCACUAAUUGCCGCAAAAGAAAGUGUGGACACACAAGUAAUCGAAUAAAUUUUUCUCGGAGUUUGCUUUCUCAUUUCUUAAAGUCAGACUGUCUGUAUUGGCUGUUAUUGUGGAUAAGUGCAUUUAUGCUGCAAUUGUUAUAAGUACUUGAGAUAAGCAACCCUAUUUAGAAGGUAUGGGAGUCAAAACCUCUUAGUUGUAUUUAAGAUAGGGUGGAUGUCGUAAUGUCAACUUUAAUCCGUUGUGGGCGUUUCAUUUCUAGAUAUUUAGUCCGUGCCUUAGUUGGGGUUUAUUGUCUUAUGUCUUUGUGGAGGGUUGGUUUGGGAUUGUGUUGUUACCAUUUACCCGUAGUGUUUUUCAGAAAUUACAUCGCACACAGCUUUCAGGAACACUGUGCCGGCAUGUGCCGCAAGUUACCGUUUGAACUAUUUUUCUUGCUUUAAUGAAUAGUAAUAUUUGCAAA